UUGGACUUAGGCCUACUUUGCUAAUUAUGAAUUCCGGGAGACUUCGAGUACACCAUUCCCAUCAAACGAGCUGAGGAUUUGUACCGUGGCUUUUCUUCCAUCCUUCCUCGCCCCUUUUACACGAAUUGCGUUUCUUUUUCUGUUUGCACGAUCUCUGAGCGACGCAACUAAUUCUCUUGGGUGUUUUUUUAUUUAAAAAAAAGACAACCCAAGUGUGAGCGGCUCAAAUUCCCAUCUUUUCUGAAUGAAGUUGCCCACUGAGGAAGAAAAAGGUGGAUCGCAGCCAGUAACAAGUCAGGAGACGUGGUGGAGCCGCAAAGAAAUUUCUUUGCUUUGGAAGCGAAACAGCGAACGUUUAAUUUCAAUUAGUCGAUUUUCUUAAAAGCGAUCCAAAAACUCAAAUCAUGGGAGCUGGUACCAAGCUUGCGUUUGUUGUGUUUUUGAUUUCGUGCUCUUCGGGUGCUAUACUUGGUAGAUCGGAGAAGCAAGUAUGCAUUAUCUAUAAUGCCAACAGGGAGAAAGACCGAACAAAUAACACUGGGAUUGAGAACUGCGUUGAAGAAAAAGAUAAACGGGGACACUGUUAUGCCACAUGGAAGAACAACUCUGGUUCAGUAGAAAUUGUAAAAGGAGGCUGUUGGCUGGAUGAUUGGAACUGCUAUGACAAAGAUGAAUGUAUCGAAACAAAGGAGAGCCCUGAAGUGUUCUUCUGUUGUUGUGAAGGAAGCAAGUGUAAUGAGAAGAUUUUUUAUGUCCCUAUCAUUCAGGAUAUACCGUCAACAUCAAAUCCUGUUACAACAAGGCCGCCACUCUUCAAUACUUUGCUUUAUUCACUAGUACCCAUUAUGGGAUUUGCUGUGGUUGUAUUGUUCUCCUUUUGGAUGUAUAGGCAUCACAAGUUGGCAUAUCCACCAGUACUUGUACCAACUCAGGAUCCAGGGCCAAUACCACCUUCUCCAUUGCUUGGUCUAAAGCCUCUGCAGUUACUGGAGGUCAAAGCCAGAGGGCGCUUUGGUUGUGUUUGGAAGGCUCAACUGCUUAAUGAGUAUGUGGCAGUUAAAAUAUUCCCAGUUCAGGACAGACAGUCCUGGCAAAAUGAAUAUGAAAUAUACACUCUACCUGGAAUGAACCAUGAAAAUAUUUUGCACUUCAUUGGCGCAGAGAAAAGAGGUUCAAAUAUUGAUGUGGAGUUGUGGUUGAUAACAUCGUUUCAUGAGAAGGGUUCUCUGACAGAUUAUCUGAAGGCUAAUGUGGUCUCUUGGAAUGAAUUGUGUCAUAUUGCUGAGAGCAUGGCAAGAGGACUAGCCUAUCUUCAUGAAGAUAAACCUGGUUUAAAAGAUGGACACAAGCCUGCUAUUGCUCACAGGGACUUCAAGAGUAAAAAUGUGCUGCUGAAAAACAAUCUCACAGCCUGUGUAGGAGACUUUGGUUUAGCUUUGAGAUUUGAAGCUGGGAAGUCAGCAGGUGAUACACAUGGCCAGGUUGGCACCAGAAGAUACAUGGCUCCAGAGGUCUUGGAAGGUGCCAUAAACUUCCAGCGCGAUGCAUUCCUCAGGAUAGAUAUGUAUUCAGUGGGUCUUGUGCUCUGGGAAUUGGCAUCAAGGUGCACAGCUACUGAUGGACCAGUGGAUGAAUACAUGUUGCCAUUUGAAGAGGAAGUUGGACAGCAUCCAUCCCUUGAAGAUAUGCAAGACGUGGUUGUGCAUAAGAAGAUGAGGCCUGUUUUUAGAGAAUAUUGGCAAAAGCACGCUGGAAUGGCUAUGUUGUGUGAGACUAUAGAAGAAUGUUGGGAUCACGAUGCAGAGGCAAGACUGUCUGCAGGUUGUGUCGCAGAACGUAUCACUCAGAUGCGAAGACUGAUGAGCACAAUUACUACAGACAACAUAGUGACAGUGGUCACUAUGGUAACAAAUGUUGACUUUCCACCUAAAGAAUCUAGUCUAUGAUGGAUUCAGAGGUCAUGAACAACACCAACGGACUCUACAGUAGAGCUGCUAUCUCCUGAAUUUAUUUCACUGGUUACAACAAACAAUUCAGUAUCUUGUCCUUGCGCACUUAACAGAACUGAUGGCCAUUGCAGUGGCAAGUGGACAAAGGAGGCAACAGGUACGACAGUCAGUGAGCCAGUCAAGAGAUGAUGUUGAAGAUAAUGUGGUUGUUGGAAAGAUCACUUGAUAAUUCAUUUUGCAUCACUUGGGAUACUGGAAGGUAACUGUCUAUUUCCAGCAAAUAAAGCUAAGCAUGUGUCAAACAUUGCCUUCAAAUUUGACGACUUGAGCUUAGAUAAAAGUUGGAGUACAUCAGAUAACUGGCUUAUCAUGAAGAUGUCUCAGUCCCUCGGAUGGAUUACUGUUAAUUUUUAAUAACAGUACAUUUAAUUUCAGAAAGAAGUGCGAUUCAUUUUUAUUGCAUUUAAUAUUUGCGUUCACAAAAGAACUAUUGUAAUGCCAAUAUGACAUAGCUUGUGAAUGUUCAGUGUGCUGCUGUUAUAUGUAUAAACAAAUCAAGGUUUUUUGGGACAUAGCAAAGAAGCUUCAAGCAUUACAUUAUAACCAUAAACCUCCCUCAACAAGGUAUACCUCAGUUUCCAUAUUUGAUAAACUAUAUUAGUAAUUCUAGUUUAACACUAACUGACUUUAAUUGACAGUUGACCUUAAUGUGAUUUAUGUAUUAAUUCACUACAAUUAAAAAAAGUAAACUAUACCUUUCUAUGCCAAUGGGAGAAGGCUGUUCAAAAAAGUGUUUCUGCCUUGUUGUGCAAGCUCCAGGUAGUAAUUUUUAUCAUGUAGCUGUCUGCUUUUAAUAGCUCCUUUGCUACGCAAAGCUUUGGAAAUAUCUUUUGCCCAAAAUUGGCUUUCAAAAGCACUUCCUUAUUUUAGAUUUGCUGUGUCUAUAGAGAAUUCAGAGAUGUACGCAUGCUUUUCUGUUUUUAAACUUGCAAGAUAUAGUUAACACUGGAGGUGUUUUUUUUAAAUUUGAAUGCUUUUAUUUUGAAAAGUAAUAUAUCCUUUGUUUUCUUUCAUUACACAUGUAAAGUAAUUUUGCAUACCUGUUAUAAACGCAGUCAUUAAUCUACUGUGUCACUGUACCAACAUAACCUCAGGAAUUUGUUACCUGAAACCCUCUCUGUUUUGAGUUGUGGUGACAAUCCUACACUAAUUUCAGUGCCAUUUCAGUAAGCUUAGAAAAACUUGCAAGGCAACAGAGGUAUUUUUUAAGAAAUAAUAUAUGCAAUGGAUAGGUGUACAGCUGACAGGUACUAACUUCUGUUCCUAAAUACUACUACAGUUUUAUACUUACUGCAAAACUGACACAUCAAAAUUAACCACUGCAUUUGCUGCUCAGUUUACCUAUUCAGGGCCAGGGUUCAGUUACGUUUAACCAAGUGUAACCCAUGCAUUGCAUUGUUGCAGUUCACCUAAAUGCCUCAGUACAAAACUGCAUAAUGUGGGGUAUCGUAAAGACCAUUAAACCUCCACUGACUCUGCAAAUAGUGAUUAGGUGCCAAAUGUUCUGGAUAGAUGACACUAAAGUCUUUCCUGCAUUUUUGUAGAUUUAUUCUUUGCAAUAGGAUCACUCAUCAGACUGCACUAACAGUAUUAACAAAUUUCCUCAAUUAUGGUUAAUUUCAUUUUUGGGAAUAAUUAUUGUAAGUAAAUGAAAGAAAUAAUGUUUUAAGAAGUCUCAAUCCUCUAAAUGAGGAGGGUGAACAGUUAGUGGUUGUAACACGGUGGUACCAACGGCAUGGGUACAAAAAGGGACGAGGUCCUGCAACAUGAAUUUAGGGAGGUAGGUAGCAGAUUAAAUAGUGUGAUGCACUACUGACUGUGUGAAUAGGAGAGUAGAUCAGAUGAAUACAUGGCUAAAGGGAGGAGGGAGAGCUUUAGAUUUUUGGAUCAUUGGGACCAUUCCUAGGAUAGGUUUGGACCUGUACAAGGAAGACUGGUUACACCUGAACCAGAAUGGGUCCAAAAUCCUUGCAGGGAGGUUUGCUGAUGCUGCUGAAGAGGUUUUAAACUAAUUUGGUAGGGGACUGCGAUGCAAAGGGGUUGCGCAACUGGGAGGGAGAUGCAGUCAAAUAUAAAAAAAUAACUAAAUCCGUCUGGUAGGCAGAGCAGACAUGGGCACAAUAUAGCAUGUGGAAGGGCUGAUAAGCUAAAUUGCAUCAUUUUGAUGUAAGGAGUUUAACUGGUAAGGUGGAUAAACUUAAGAGCGCUGAAUACCAUAUGGGACUGCAAUAUUUUAGCUAUCACAGAGAAAUGGUUGAAGGAAAGGCAGAAUUGGCAUCUGUGUUCCAGGGUAUAGAAUCUUCAGGCUUGGUGGGGUGCGGGGGUUGGGGGGCGAAGAAUAUAAAAGGGGAGUUGGCAUUGCAAUGAUGACUAAGGACUCUGUUACUGCAGUAAUAAAGGAGAAUAUCCUAGAAGAUUCUUCAAAUGAGACCCUUUGGGUAGAGAUUAGAAAUAUAAAAGAGGCAAUUACUUUGUUGGAUUUGUACUAAAGUCCUCCCAACAGGAGAUAGAAGAGCAGAUAUCUUGGCAAAUCACAGGUGUUAUGGUAGUAGGGAAUUUAAACUUCCCCGACGUUAACUGAGAUCACCUUAGUGUUUAAAGGUUUAGUGGGGUAAAAUUUUUAAGAAAGAAGUGCUUUAGAAAGAAAUAAGGAGGGCUAUGAAAUAUCACUGACAGAUGAGAUUAAGGAAAAAUCCUAAAGCAUUUUAUAAGCAUAUUAAGCGCAAGAGCAGGGACCUCUAGGGACCAAAGAGGCAAACUUUGUGUGGAGCCACAAGAAUUGGAAGAGGCCUUAAACUUUGCAGCUGGAGAUUUUGGAGAGGAAGGUAAGAAUGCUCUAGAGCAUAUUAUCAGUAAAAAGCAGGUAUUAGAUGUUGUGACAGACAUAAAGUUGGAUAAAUUCUCUAGGGUGCUGAUAAAUAGAAUGAGAGCAGGGAGGCUAUGGUACAGCUUUAUAAAACAUUGGUGACGCUAUAGCUGGAAUAUUAUGUGCAUUUUUGUUUGCCACAGUACAGAAAGUGAGCGAUUCCUCUGGAGACGGUCACAGCACAUUCAGCAGAAUGGAGUGUCUCAGUUAUUGGAAAAGACUGACAGUCUGGGUUUGUUCCCUUGCAGCGGAGAAGGCUGGGUGAGGACCUGGUAGAGAGGGGAGAGAUGGUAGUAAACUUUUCCCCAGACUUAAGAUGUCUGUAACCAGAGGGCACAAGUUCAAGGUGAGGAGCAAGAGGUUUAGAGGGGAUACAUGGAAGAAUUUUCUCAUCCAGAGAAUGGUUGGAUUUUGGAAGUGACUGCCGGAGAGGGUCGUCAUAGAGCUAUGUAAUCCCUUACAAUUCCCAAGCACCUGAUUUUAAAAACUUGAGCACAAAUUUGUAUUUUAAGGAUAAACAUUACUGAAAUUUUUAAUAUUUUUGAGAUUUGUUACAAUCAGUUCCUGAAUUUUAGCACCAGUGACUUCUCUUGCAAGCUUGCUUCAGUUGGUGAACUGUAAACAGUUAAUACUGCAAAACAGCAAUGACCUUCAGGUAUCUCAGAUUAUAAGUAGUAUGCUAAGGCUAUGCAAACUUUAAAAAAAUCAACUUUUUUUUGCUGUACACAUCUUUUAUUAUAAACGGGUUAUUCACCAAAAUAUUAAUGAAAAAUUAGAAAUAACAUUUUUAACUUUCAGGUACCUUCAUUUUAUUUGUGCAAUGUUUCUUCUCCCUGUUGUGAUCUUUUUUUUUCCCCCCAACGGUACAUUGGAAUUUUUUUUAAGUUUGAAAAUCAGGCACUCACUGUGAAUUAAUAAGCAUAAAAAAGUGCUUAUUUUUAACAUCAGAUUGCUUAAUGUACUGAAAUAUUAUUAUGCAUAGGCUCAGACAGGGGAAAAUUGUGGUGUCAAAACAGAAAUCUGUCCCCAUACUUCAAACAGAGAGGGAAUAAAGGGCAAAUGCAAUGGUGUAUAUAUUCUACAUGCCCACUUGUACAGCCAUGGAUUAGAUUGUCAGCUGGUGUCCAUCUCAAAAACACAAGUUGAUUUCUGCCAGGAGGACUUUUCUCUACAGGGCACUUGCUCUAUGGAGUGUGGUUUGUAUCAUUCAUCCACAGAAAAAUUGUAAUUAUAGACAUAGCAGUGAUUUUGGUAACAUUUUAACUAUCAAGUCUUUCCCUGCAGCCUACAUUGUUGCCUGAAAUAGGGUGAAUUUGUUAAUUAUGCAAUAUAAUCAUUAUUUCUAUGUUCAAACAUUUUUUGACCACUCACUUUGUGGAGAGAAUGAUACAAAAGUGUUGCUUACCUCAGAACUUGCCAACAGAGUUCUUAAAGCAGUCUGUGAUACACAUACCUCUAAACAUUUGUUUGCUUUAGUCUGUAUCAAUGUUCUGUGCAUUUGUGGGCACAAAUUACUGUAAUACUAGAUAUGUACUUGGGGUUUUUGUUUUGAAAUUAUCUAGCAAAUGGAGGCCUAGGAAAGGCCUGGUUGGAAAGAUGGGAGAAAGUGUUGAAUAUUGUACAGAGAUAUUUGCUGUUCCCCUAAGAAUAAACUAUAUAGUGACUGCUGUAUGACAUGCAUACUAUCUAUGAAAUGGAGUGUACUUGCUGAUAUCUAAUGCUUUUUCAAAUUUUAUUAUGUUAGAGUAUAUUUAAUUUUCACGAGACAGCUUCAUAUCCAGAGGUUAUGCUGUGUUGAAUUUGCUUUCUUGUUCAUUAUGUCCUCUACGUUAUUAGAUAUAAA